CCAGAGCGGUGAUUGUCGCAAGGUGCGCGAAAUUGGCCCAGUGUCCCAAAACGAAGCCCUUUACAGCUGCUUUUCUAACUAAUAGUAUAUAAAUAAGUUUUAUUGAAGUUGUUGCGGUGACAACGUCAUCUCUGGCCUCCGUUGGCCUCAGUGGGAUGCCAAAGGCCGGUCGCAACCUGCGUCACGAGGGGCCGAUCCACCUGCGUCAACGCCGUCCUCACCCGCCAUCACCCGCGCUCACCCGGCUUCAACCGCAGCGCCGUACAUGGCGCUUUGUGGUAUACAAGGCCAUGGCUUUACUGGCAUGUCAUACACAGUCCAAGCGCCAGCAAGAGUGAAUAAUACAACAAGAAUCGCAAGCGCACACUACUGAAGAAGAGCGCCGACUCUUUGCAAGCUUAGCUCAAGCUAUCUCCCUGGACCUAGCUGCAUCACACAGCCUCAUCCACCCCGCCUGUGCACACGCGACGACUCCGACUCCGUCGCUCCGACGAUCCGGCAACUUUACAGCAUUACGCGCAUACACCCCCAAACACCGGCCAGCAUGUCGACGGCCAGCGGCUCCAGCAGCCGCGGCGGCGUCGAUGUCGAUGUCGAGGCUGGCGAUGCCUCCGGCUACGACAGCAUGGGCAAGGCGGGCUUCCGCACCUCGCCCUCCGCCUCCUCAGGGGCCGGCGGCUCGCAGGGUCUGCGCAUUCUCAUGAAGGACCUCACCUACACCGUCCCCUCCAACACCAAGAAGGGCGAGGUCGCGCACCUGCUCCGCGACGUGAGCGCCUUCCUGGAGCCUGGCCAAAUGACUGCACUGAUGGGCCCCAGUGGCAGCGGCAAGACCACGCUGCUAGAUCUGUUGGCCGGGCGCAAGACGGUGGGCAAGACCGAGGGUCACCUCAGCUUUGGCGGAGUGACACCCACCAAGCAGUUCCUGCGCCGCUACACAGGAUACGUCGAACAGUUUGACACGCUGCUGGGCGACUUGACGGUGCGUGAGAUGCUGCUGUACACGGCGGAGCUCAAGAGGCCCACCAGCGAGCCGCUGGCGGACAAGCGGGACGCGGUGGACGUGUUGCUGAAGCGACUGGCUCUGACGCAGUGCGCGGACGUGCGCAUCGGCGACCCGCUGUCCAAGGGCAUCAGCGGUGGACAGGCCAAGCGCACCAACAUCGGCAUCGCGCUCAUCUCCAACCCGCGUGUGCUGUUCCUGGAUGAGCCCACCUCGGGCCUGGACAGCUACACCGCCAACGAGGUGAUGAAGGUGGUGCGCGGCCUGACCUCCGACGGCACCACCAUCUGCGCCACCAUCCACUCGCCCACCGCCGCCACCUUCGCGCUGUUUGACCGCGUUAUGCUGCUGGUACGCGGCCAGGUGGUUUACUUCGGCCCCCAGGGCCUGCCCGCGCUGGAAUUCGCUGCGGCUGAGUGGGGCCCCGCCGCCGCCGGCAGCGCGUCAGAGCUCCUGGCGCUGCACCGCGCCGCCAGCGCCGCCGCGCCCCUUGCCAUCGAGGCCGCCGCCUCCGCUACCGACCAGUCAACAGUAAAGGCGGCGGCGACCUCGUCGGUCGCGGCCCUGGCGUUCAACGAUGCGGAGGUGCUGGUGGAGGCGGUGACGGAGGCGGACCACAGGGGAGAGGCGGCGGGUUUGGCAGCGGCGUACGCUAAGAGCCGCCUGGCACAGGACAACGCGCGGCAGAUAGAAGUGUACAUGGCUGAGGGCGCCGCCGGCCGCGGCGGCAUGGGCGGCGGCUCCAGGCCCUCCGGCAUGUGCCGCGUCGCCACGGCCCUGGGCGUGAGCAAGUGCGGCAACGGCAAGAGCGCCUCCAGCAACAAGGCGGCCCCCGAGGCCGCCGCUGCUGCUACUCCUGCUACUGCCGAUGUGGAGCUGGGGGCGGCUGGUGCUACAGCCGGCGGUGAGCAGCAGCUGGUGCGUCAGCGCACGUCGUCGCCCUUCGCGGCGGUCAGCACCGCCAACACGUCCUCGGCUCUAUCGGUGUCGGAGCAGGUGGCCAAGGAGCUGGCCACGCGCAGUGAGACGGUGACGCCCUGGUACUGGGGCCUGUGGACACUGCUCAAGUAUCGCUCCACCAAGAACUACUGCAACCCGGGCUGGUUGGGCCCGCGCAUCGCGGACAAGCUCUUGAUCAGCCUCAUCAUCCUGACGCUGUAUCUUGGCAUCGGCGACAACUUCGCGCCGGACAACCUGAUCAACAUCCAGUCCGCGCUGUUCAUGUGGGCGCUGCUGCCCGCCUUCGGAGCCGCCAGCUACGUACCCGCCAUCGUGCUAGAGCGCCGGCUGUUCGUGCGCGAGCGCGCCGACGGCCUGUACCGCGUCUUCACCUACCUCGCCGCCAAGCUGGUCGAGGAGCUCGUCCUGUCCAUCAUCAUCACGCUCAUCUUCUCCAGCUACGUCUUCUACGGCGUGCAGCUCAAGGGCGCCUGGGUAGUUUUCUGGCUCAUCUACUUCAUCGACCUGUCUGUGGGCAUCGUGCUCGCCUACCUGGUCGCGGCGCUCAGCCCCAACAUGGACGUCGCCAACGCCGCGCUGCCGGGCUUUGUGGUGACGUUGCUGUUCUUCGCGGGCCAGCUCAUCACAGUGGACUCCAUCCCGCCCUGGUGGCAGUGGUACUCGCGCAUCGACCCCCUGCGCUACGCCUGGGGUGCGCUCAUGAUCAACCAGUUUGAGGACAACAAUGUCAUCCUGGCCGGCGACCAGACCAUCCUGGAGUACUACAGCCUGUCUGGCGUGGACAAGUGGGCCUAUGUUGGCUACCUGAGCCUGUUCUGGAUCGUGUUCGCCACGCUGGCGCUGCUGGCGCUCACGUUCGUGCACCACCAGAAGAGGUAGAUGGAUAGAUGGAUUGGCGGAUACCGUUGGUGCAUAGAUGGGUAGACGGUUGGAAGUGGACGGGGGCGGAUCGGAGGGAAAGGGAUAGGUGACAGCAGAGCCCUUGCUCGGGCGCAAGGGUGCGCCUCACUGCUCACGGCUUGGGGUGCACGGCACUUUCAUUGGUGCGUGGUGCAGUCUUGCUGUGUGUCUAGAGACGGGUCAUGGGGUGAUGGGGCAGGUAGGACAAGCGUAAGCGUUUGGAAAAUGGAGGGCUUGAAUGUCUGAGCUCAUCCAUGUGUACAAGAACAGAAAUACUGUCAAGUUUUGUGUCAUUGAUUGCUGAUUCGUUUGUGGUAUUGUUCAAUUAUUGUUGUUCGGGCAUUGCAUCGCACUCGAGGGGCUGGGUGGUUCAUUGGGGUUGGGACCGGGUAUCCCAGCUUGUAUCCCAGGGGUUGUGCGCGGGGAGCAAGCGGCGGGGGCUGCAGAUGCUGAAGCGCGUGCUAGGCUGCCUAUCUGUCUCGAAGAUGCUUCAAGACUGUGUGAACGUUGCUUCACGAUAUUAUGGGGUGGUUUAUGCUGGCUGCACGCACCAUACACCAUACAGCUACUAACAUUCGUCACACUUGCACCCAAGUGUGCGCGAGGGAAUCCAUGUAACAAUAUCUUGGCUUGAUAUGCGCUGACUUAUCGCAGCGCAGUGGAGAUAAGUCUAGUUAUUGCGACGUAACUGCCGUGUUGCGUUAGAGUCACGCACGGCGCAGGACGCUCGGGUACGUGCCUGUGCAUGGGGCCGAACCGAGCUGGGUCUUGUACGCGUCAGGAGCACACGGCGCCUUAUCUGCCGUUGUGCUUCUGUACUGUAUUUCGGAUCGUCCCUCUGCCGGGACGGUGACCUCAGUGUGUCGCACUUAAACGUUCCCUACAUUUCUGGACUUUCUUUGCAAUCCUAUACCUGGUUCUAACUAUACUUUACCAUGUCUGGACCGAAUAAGCGUUUAAUAUACACUCAGACGGAGUUGCAGCGCUUUGUUGCGCGAUCCUGCUCAAUGGAACCCCUUAGCUUGAUCACGCUCGCUCUCUGAUCGUAAGGGAAUGCCCUUCGACGCUUCUCUGGCGCUUUGGACCACGCUUUGGUUCGGGGGCCGCAUUCGGGAGCAAAUCGGAGCAGAGCGGAGCUUUCAAGCGGAGCAAAGGCGCGCGAAGCGUUGCGGACAAGGCGUUCGGCAAGUCACUGAAAGCAAAAGGGCAUGCACAGCUGUGCGGGCGGGCUACUUGCUUGCCAUGCGCGGUCCUGCUUGCCGUGCCUUCGUGUCUACCCGUCGCUUUACAGUUCACAGCUUUGUGCAAUACCUUUCAUCUUCCAUCGUGCCACCCCCACCUCCCCAAGACCUCAGGGCUUUUGGCGCGGUACUUCUCCUGUCUGCCUAUCCAGGCCGCAGGGCCCGCGUGCCCUUGGGGAAAGGGCGUGUGUGCCGUUGGGAUCCGGCCUGUGCGCCGCAAGCAACGGGCUUUGCGCCCUUGCCUUAUGGACAAUGGAUGGCAUACGUGCCCUUAUGAUACGGCCUGUGUGCCGCAAGCAAUGGGCUCCGCGCCCUUGCUUUAUGGACAAUGGACGGCAUACGUGCCCUUAUGAUACGGCCUGUGCGCCGCAAGCAACGGGCUCCGCGCCCUUGCUUUAUGGACAAUGGACGGCAUACGUGCCCUUAUGAUACGGCCUGUGUGCCGCAAGCAAUGGGCUCCGCGCCCUUGCUUUAUGGACAAUGGACGGCAUACGUGCCCUUAUGAUACGGCCUGUGCGCCGCAAGCAACGGGCUCCGCGCCCUUGCUUUAUGGACAAUGGACGGCAUACGUGCCCUUAUGAUACGGCCUGUGUGCCGCAGGCAACGGGCUCCGCGCCCUUGCUUCACGGACAAUGGACGGCAUACGUGCCCCUACGAUACGGCCUGUGCGCCGCAAGCAACGGGCUCCGCGCCCUUGCUACAUGGACAAUUUACGGCGUACGUGCCCUCAUAAUACGGCCUGUGCGCCGCAGGCAACGGGCUCCGCGCCCUUGCUUCAUGGACACUUCACGGCGUACGUGCCCUCAUGAUACGGCCUGUGUGCCGCAGGCAACGGGCUCCGCGCCCUUGCUUCAUGGACAAUGCGCCGCGUACGUGUUCUUAUGAUACGGCCUGUGCGCCGCAAGCAACGGGCUCUGCACCCUUGUUUUAUGGACAAUUCACGGCAUACGUGCCCGUAUGAUGUGACCUGUGUGCCGCAAGCAACAGCUCACCCUUGCUUUUGGGUAAUAGAUGGCAUACGUGCCCUUAUGAUACGACCUGUGUGCCGCAAGCAACGGGCUCCACACUCUUGCGUUGUGGAUUAUAGACGGCAUUGAAAUGCUUACGUGCCUUCGUUGUACAUGCCUUUGCGUUGUGGACAAUGUGUGGUCUGAGCGCCACGUUCGGAUACGGCGUGUGUGCCGCCAGCAACAGGCUUUGCGCCUCGCAUCAUGUGUCUUGCGAUAUUGCCCGUGUGCCGCAUGCAAUUAUGCUGCCUGCCCUGUCGUUAUGGACGCUUCGACUUGUUGCGUGCCCUGCUGCGUGCCCUGUCGCAAUACGCCUUGAGUGUGCCGUGCACGGCAAGCCUGCGCCUCGCUAUUGCUUCGUGUUGACAACGGAGCGG